AUGGAAAAUAUUGUGGGGUCUUUAAGCAGACUAGACACCGUACCUAAACGGGUUCAGUUUUUGGCGGACAAUUGUCCAGACAGAGAAUUAUUUGUGUUCUAUGAGGGAGAGAAGCGAACCUCGUUCACCUGUGUGCAAGUGUUUAGGUUAGCUGGGAGGUUUGCCGAUAGAUUACGUCAUCGAUACGGUUUCUCACGAAACGACGUUAUUUUAAACACCUUACCUAACUCACCUGAACGGAUGAUCACUGACCUUGGCAUUACUCUAGCCGGAUGCACGUGCAUGAAUGGACAGAUUAUUUUUGCAGAUUCUUCAGGCUUAUUUCUGUUGGCUACAAAUAGCCGAUGUAAGGGCAUUAUAAUGAAACCAGCCGACGAAUCAUCAAAUUGGCAUGUUUUCAAUCCUUACAUCACAGGGAAUGUGUCAGAUGAUAUCAUCCAGUUGUCAUGUGACAGGAUACCUGACUUGACCACAGUAAUUACAGUCUCCAGAAAUAGUCAGAGAUCUCUCAAGCCGUUUCUUGAAGACCUACAGGACAGCACUGAUGAUAUCUUCAUUGAUCCUUCAGUGAGCCCCCAUGAUAUUCUCUACGUGUUUACUACAUCGGGCAGCACUGGCUACUCUAAGCUGGUACCUCGAACACAAGCUGAAGCUAUUGAUAUUGCUGUGAACACACCGUUUUCCAAGGAUGUCAAAAGUGGUGCAAGUGUCUUCUAUUGUGACCGUAGCCUAGGUUGGGCUGGUGGCUACCCGUUUUCAACAUUCUGUCUGGGAGACAAGAGAGUCCUACAGGACGAGUACAGCCGACGCAGACUGACAACAGGAGAGGAGAUCUGGGAUGUUAUCUGUAGAGAACAGUGUAACAUUGCUAGUAUUCGCCCCAUGGACGUAGAGGGCAUUGUGAAAUACAUCUGCAGCAUCGGCGUCACAGACUACAAGCUGAAGGCCCUGGUUAGUGCUGGACAGCCCUUGACAAAGGCUCAUGUGAUAAACGAGCUGAUUAUUUCUGAGACUGUUGUCGUUAUUUACGCAUCUACAGAAGCCUCUUUCUUAUCAGGUGGAAUUAUUACAGAUGCAACAUUCGAUGACUUUUACUGUGGGAAACCAGCACCAGGGGUGGAGCUGAAGAUCAUCGAUGACCAUGGAGAUGAAUGCAAGCCUCGGCAAACUGGGACCAUUCUUGCUAAAGGUGGACAACUGUUUAAAGGUUACUUCAACCGACUAGAAGACCCAGAUUCCAAUACAGUUACAUGUUUUACCAAUGAUGGAUGGCUCAACACGGACGAUGUUGGUUUUGUGGAUGAAGAAGGCAACAUCUACGUCAUAGGUAGGGGCACAGACACCAUCACGUACCGGAAAUAUGUUCUAUACCCGGGAUGGCUGGAGGCAAAGAUUCUUCAACACCCAGACAUCGCUGACGCUGUCAUAUUGUCUGUCUUGGACAGAUUUCCGGAGACUUUUUCUGGCAAACCGGACAAGCAGCGGUUACGGAAACUGGCCGAGCAGAGAUUUGGCAUUAAGUGA